GUUCUACCCUCUGGACCAGUCCCAGCCUGGAUGUGGGAAGGGAAGGCUCUUGAAGGAGAGGCUGUGGCACCACUAGGUCCCUGGACUCUACCCUGGGGGCUUCCUCUUAGCCCCGGAUGUGGGAAGGGAGUCCCAGGAUGCCAGGGGUCUUAGCCAAGACAGGAAGCCCCACACUCGGAGGCCUUAAAGAGAGAGCUGAGGCAGAGGCACGUCAUUCGUGUCCAAAAUUGGGCCUGCUGAGUCCACGGAGAGGCACCUACAGGAUGAAGGCUCUCUCCCUCCUCCUCCUCCCAGUCCUGGGGCUGCUGGUGUGUGGCAAGUUGACGUGUCCCAUGGAUAAAGCCAUCAGUGAGAAGAUCCAGGAACUCACCAGCUCCCUAAAUCCUGCGGCAAUAAGGAACAUUGGCCUGGACUGCCGGAGUGUCACCUCCAGGGGGCACCUGGUCACUUGCCCCGCAGGUUUCGCCGUCACCAGCUGCACCUGUGGCUCUGCCUGUGGCUCGUGGGACGUGCGCGCCGAGACCACGUGCCACUGUCAGUGCGCCGGCAUGGACUGGACCGGAGCUCGCUGCUGUCGCCUGCGGGCCGAAUAGCCUAAGGUUGCGCUUGGGGGGCGGUGGCGCGGGCCUGGGUGCGUGGCCAGGCCUCGGAGGGGCGGGUUCCUGUCUCAGAGGGGCGGGGCUGGAAAUAAACCUCCGAGAAGAUGAUGGAGAAAG